AAAUAAACGCGCCAUGCUUAUCCGGACGGAGCUCAAAGCAAUGAUCGCCCACCACCGCACCGACGCCGGGCUAUAAAAUCCCCGCCCGCCCACCACCAUCCAGAGCAGAGCAAGCGGCAAACAAGAGCAGCAGCAGAGUGAGAUCAUCAUCAGCAGACAGCAGUAAAAGAGGAAUUUUUUUGAAGUUCCAGCCUCCUGGUGCCAUGGCGGACAUCGCGUUGCUGGUGGCGGAGGAGUUCGACAAGAGGGUGAAGCGAGGAGCCCCCGGCGCCGGCGAGGAGGCCGGGGACGGCGGCGACAGGAGGAACUUCGGCGCCGUGGCCAAGGUGUGGAGCUCGUGGGUGGAGUCCGCCUCCGCCGCCGCGUCCGGGGUGCGGGUCAACGUCGCCGUGCAGCUCAGGGAGCUGGAGCCCAAGAGCGGGCUCGGCCUGGCCGCCGUCGACGGCUUCUUCUCCGCCUAGUGGCAUCUUCUCGAGUGAUCAGUCAAAACUCAAAAAAUAUAUGCCGGUGUAACCUGUACAUUCAUAAUCGAUCUCCAUUUCACCAA